CGGGCGGCAAUGCCGCCGCGCCGCCACCGCGCGCAUCUCGCUGCGGCCGGCCGCCGGGGCAGCCCGGGACGCCGCGAGCCUCUCACCUGGUGCAGGAGGAGGCGGGUACAGCGGCCCGCCGGGACGUACCGGGAACCUCCUGCCGCUUUCCAUCGGCGCCGGGAGCGGAGAGCUGCCCUGCGGAGGCGGGAGCCUCCCGGGAUGCCCAGCCGGCUCCGGGCUCCCCUUCCUUUAUAGGCUCUCAAGCACGAGCUGCUCCGCGAAUCUCCAGAAGUUGGUAAAAGCUGUGCUCCCCGCCGAAUGGUGGUAAAGUUUAGUCUUCAGGAGGCUCAUCUCUAAGUAUAGCCAAAAAAAACCCCUUUGCAAAUGGUGAAAGAAAAUGUCACAUAAAAGCACUAAAGAAAUCAGGAAGGUAAAUGUCUCUAGCUCCUUGGAGUCUGAAGAUAUUAGUUUAGAGACCACAAUACCAACUGAUGAUGUUUCCUCCUCCGAGGAGAGGGAAGGUACUGUUAAAAUUACUAAACAGCUGAUUGAACGGAAGGAGUUGCUCCAUAAUCUUCAACUACUUAAAAUAGAAUUAUCUCAGAAAAACUUGAUGAUUGACAACUUGAAAGUAGAAUAUCUGACCAAGAUUGAAGAGCUAGAAGAGAAGCUUAAUGAUGCAAUCCAUCAAAAGCAGCUAUUGUCUUUACGACUGGAUAGCCAGCUGGCACUACAGCAAGAAGAUGCUAGAAAACAUCAGGCUCUAAUGAAACAAGAAAUGGAAACCAUUUUAUUGAGACAGAAACAACUAGAGGAAACAAAUCAUCAGUUAAGAGAGAGGGCAGGAGAUAUUCGUCGCAGCUUGCGAGACUUGGAAUUAACAGAUGAUUGCUAUGAGAAGCUGAAGUCUCUUCCUGAAGACCAGCUUUCUAUUCCUGAAUAUGUUUCUAUUCGAUUCUAUGAAGUAGUGCAUUCGUUGAGAAAAGAACUAAAUGAUCUACAGGUGAAAAAGGAAAGCCUAACAGAGGAACUAAAUGGAUACAAGUCGCAGCUGAAGUGUGUGACAGAGAAUUAUGAAGAAGAGAGGAGGAUUCGGUCAGACCUUGAGGUUAGAUGUCAGCGUUUAACACUGGAACUGGCUGAUACAAAGCGGAUGAUUCAACAAGGUGAUUACAGACAAGAGAACUAUGAUACAGUAAAAUGUGAACGAGAUAUAUUUGAACAUGAAUUGUCAGAACUCAGAAGAAAAUAUGACAUAUUGGAGUUGUCUCACAAAGCACAAGCUAAAGAAAGAAAUGACUUAUCAAAAGAGCUGGCAACCUUGCAACAAUCCCUUAACUUCUUGCAAAAAGAUAAAGAUUAUCUUAAUCGCCAGAACAUGGAGCUUAGUGUUCGCUGUGCACAUGAGGAAGAUCGUCUUGAAAGACUUCAGAUUCAGCUAGAGGAUGCCAAAAAAGCUAGAGAAGAGAUGUAUGAAAAAUAUGUUACAUCCAGAGACCAUUAUAAAACAGAGUAUGAAAACAGACUGCAGGAGGAACUGGAACAAAUAAGACUGAAAACAAAUCAAGAAAUUGAGCAACUUCGAAGUACCUCAAAGGAGAUGUAUGAGCGUGAAAACAGAAAUUUAAGAGAAGCAAGAGAUAAUGCUGUAGCUGAAAAAGAAAGAGCAGUUACUGCUGAAAGGGAAGCUCUAGGAAAAUACGAUCAACUCUUAGAACAGUAUAGACAAAUGCAACUUGGCACAGAAAGCAAAGUAGCUGAACUUCUUCACCAAAGUAAGUUAAAGUCCUUUGAAAGUGAACAUGUUCAACUCAUGCAGCAAGAAACAGCUAAGAAUCUUUCACAGUGCCAGAUAGAAUGUGAGAAAUAUCAGAGAAAACUGGAGGUCCUUACUAAGGAAUUUUAUAGUCUUCAGUCUUCUAGUGAAACACGCAUUAUUGAACUUCAAACUCAAAAUUCUGAGUUUCAGGCGAGGCUAGAUACUUACGAAAAACUUGAAAAAGAGCUUGAUGAGAUAAUUAUUCAAACAGCAGAAAUGGAAGAUGAAGCUGAAGCUGAAAGGGUUCUCUUUUCGUAUGGGUAUGGUGCCAAUGUGCCUACUACAGCCAAAAGACGACUAAAGCAAAGUGUUCACUUGGCAAGAAGGCUACUGCAGCUAGAAAAGCAAAACUCACUGCUUGUAAAAGAUCUGGAACAUCAGAAGGAAAAAGUAACACAGAUUUCACAAGAGCUUGACAGAGCAAAUUCUUUGUUGAAUCAAGUACAACAGCCAUACAAAUACCUGAUUGAAACUGUGCAACAGAGAGAUUCCCAAAUAAGUCUACAGAAAGAACAUAUUAUACAACUUGAAAAAGAUGUCAGUCUUUUAAAUAAAGAGAAGACAGCUUUGCUGCGUGUCAAGAAUCAAAUGGCAGCAGAUUUGGAGAGACUUCUAAAUCAUCGCGAGGAGCUAGCAGUAAUGAAACAGGUUUUAAUUAGUCUACAAGGUAAAUGCUAUGAACAAAAUUUACCUCAGUCUCAUACUGAUGUAAAAAGUGUGACUGCAAAAAGCAAAUCAAUCCCAUCGAUAAAACUGCUGUCAGAACAUGAAGAAGAAAAUGUGUUUACACCUAAGCCAACAUUAUUUACAAAUAAGGAGGUACCUGCAUGGUAUAGGAAAUUACAGCAGAAAACAUCACCGUAACAUUAAAAAUAUUCAAGAUAACCUUUUGGGGAAUUUUCCUUUGAAGAUAUUUUCACUAUAAUCAUGUCCUGGUUAUCAUAAAGUUAAACAACUGUUUUAUUAUCAGCUACACUUUUAUAUCUGUAAAACAGUCUUAUGCUUCUUAAAAUGAUUUUUAGUUAUGUUACAUGAAUAAAGUGUGUGAAAAUAAUGCAUGCAAUGAUUUUACUAACAUAUAUUUGAAAUAAAAAAGAUAAAUUAAUGUUAAUAUGUUGUAUACA